UGGAGCAUACAAAGGUGUGAGAUCAAGUCCGAUUGUUACUCAUUUAUAAAAGUUAAUACACGUAGAACUUUUAAUAGGAAAGAUGAAUCUUGACUGUUUGUAAUGGGUGUGCUGAAAAUUGAAUUUAAAUAAAUACACGUCGCUCCAUAACAUCUUUAGCUUUUCGACGCUGUGAAUCACCAAGAGUUCUUUUUUCUUUUAUGUAAUUUGUAAUGUUAUAAAUCUUUCUAUUUUGAUCAAUAUUUGUGGUUUUUGUUGACUCGUUGCAUUUGUUGUUAGUUGCUUGAUAUUUUUUUCCAAAAUUGAUGAUCAUCCACUAUUUUUUUCUUUAUUAAUCUGGCAAUCAUAGUUUCUUGAUUCCUUAAUACAGAGUAGGACAGAAAUCUGUAUCAUAUAAAAUUCGAACUCAAAAUGGAGUUGAUUCUAGCAUAUUUGCAGAGUAUGAGCAUAUAGGUAAUUAUAUGCUAAUCAGUGAUCAGUAGUUCAAGGUGUAGAACGAGUAUGAAUAGAAACUUGAUUGCUUACAGAAAACAUGGGGAGUCUAUAGGGUUUUGUUAGGCAUAUUGAUUAGGACGUGUGCCUGUAUGAGCCUGUUUCGCAGUCAUGUUAAUUUAGAGGCAUAUAUAGGGUACUAAGCGUUAGAAUGAACUGGACAAUAAGAUAGACGAGAUUUUAGCUGCUUCAACAAAACAUUUCAUAAUUGUUCUUCAAGGACUAGCUUCUGUUUCUUGACUUUGUCUAAUCUUUGGCAUAAUUUGAUUGGAAUUUUCAUAAAUUACUCAAUCGUAGAGUUAUGAAUUCAUUAGGGAGUUCUCACCGACGAACAACUAUUCUGGCCUCAAUUUGUGGUGCUGUAGCAUUUCUGCUGUUCGUAGCAACUGUUUCAUUCUUCAUCAGGAAGAAGAUGUUGAAACAAAGAAGAGAGAAGAAGCAAUUGGGCCCACUAUUGGAAACAGUUAAUAAGUCCAAACUCAACUUUUCAUACGAAACUCUUGAGAGGGCAACAAAUUACUUUCACGAAUCUAAUAAACUGGGGCAAGGAGGAUCCGGUUCUGUAUACAAAGGGAUAUUACCAGGAGGGCAGACUGUUGCAAUUAAGAGGCUUUUCUUCACUACGACACAAUGGGUUGAUCAUUUCUUCAACGAGGUUAAUUUAAUUAGUGGCAUCGAACACAAGAAUUUAGUGAAGCUACUGGGAUGCAGCAUUACAGGGCCUGAAAGCCUUCUUGUGUAUGAAUACGUGCCAAAUCAAAGCCUUCAUGAUUACCUUUUUGAUAGAAAAGAC